AUGGAGAAGAAGGUGGUGCAUUACCUGCUGCUGAGCACACCCUGGAGCGUGGUCUGCUGCUACGCCAAGGAGCUCCAGCUCCAUGUGCCACUGCAGGCGCUGCCCAGACAGACCUCCAACUGGUCGGCCAGUGUGCUGCAGCGGCUAGGCAUCUGCAACUUGGGGGCCCAGGAGGUUUCCAACCUGCCACUGGACUACUACACCUGCCCCUUCAAGGCCAACAAGCUGCACUGGUUCCUGGGGAAUGAUGAGCAGGACACCUUCCUCUCCACCACCCAGCGGCACCAAAUUCUCUAUGAGAUCCUGGCCAUGACACAGUACAGCCACUCCAAGGAGUAGAAGGUGGGGGUGGACUGGCUGCUGAGCGAGAAUGUCUUCACAGCUGCCUUCCCUCUGCAUGAGGGUCCCUACAAGCUCCGGCCGGAGGAACUGGCCGCUGGCAGCCUCAGACAGUGCCAAGUCCUCUUCCAGUACUGGGCCAGCUGGGGGAAGUGGAACAAGUACCAGCCACUGGAUCACGUCCGCAAGUACUUUGGGGAGGAGGUUGCUUUCUACUUCGCCUAGCUGGGCUUCUAUACAGGAUGGCUCUUGCCUGCCACAAUGGUGGGGACAGUGGUGUUCAUUGUGGGCGUUUUCCUGAUGUUCAAAGACGUACCUUUGCAGGAGAUCUGCAUGAGCAAAGAGUACUGGAUGUGUCCCCUCUGCAAGACCUGUCCCUACUGGCAGCUCUCUAAAAUCUGCAGUAUGUUCUUGGCAGGACAGCUCUUUGACCAUGGUGGGACCAUCUUCUUCAGCAUCUUCAUGUCCCUGUGGGCAGUGCUGUUCCUGGAGUUCUGGAAGCAGACCAAUGCAUCCCUGGCUCACCACUGGGACUGCCCUGAGUUUGAGGACAUCGAGGUGGUCCGUGGGCCCCAGUUCAUGGCCACAGCUCCCAUGACAAUAAUAAACCCUAUAACAGGUGUGGAGGAGCCGUAUUUCCCCAAGCACAGCCACCUCCACUGGAUUUUGGCUGGCUUGAUGGUCAUUAUAAUGAUGAUUGCCAUCGUGGUGAUGUUCAUGGUCUCCAUUAUCCUCUACUGGGCAAUGGUCGCCAUUCUCCUCUCCAGCUCAGGGUACUUCUGGUUUGUGGCUUCGGCAUCCCGCAUCACCAGCAUCACCGGCUCAGUGGUGAACCUCAACUUCAUCCUCAUCCUCUCCAAGAUCUGUAUUUCCCUGGCUCAUUUCCUUACCAAGUGGGAGAUGCACCACGCCCAGACCAAGUAUGAGAAUGCCUUCACUUUCAAAGUGUUCAUCUUCCAGUUUGUCACCUUCUACUCAUUUCCCAUUUACAUCGCCUUCUUCAAGGGCAAGUUCGUUGGCUACCCUGGGAAUUACCUGAGCUUUCUGGGGAUCCACAAUGAGGAAUGCAGCUCAGGCGGGUGCUUCAUUGAGCUGGCACAGGAGCUUCUGGUCAUCAUGGUGGGGAAGCAGAUCAUCAACAAUGUGCAGGAGGUGGCCAUCCCGAAACUGAAGUGCUGGUGGCACAAAAACAAGCUCCUCUCCACUAAGAAGAUGGGUGAAGAGGGGGAGUCAGUCCUGGUGGAGCAGGUGCCCUGGGUGAUGGACCACCAGCUGCUGAUGUUCGAGGGGCUGUUUGAUGAGUACCUGGAGAUGGUCCUGCAGUUAGGCUUCAUCACGAUCUUUGUGGCAGCCUGUCCCCUGGCACCCCUCUUCGCUCUGCUCAACAACUGGGUAGAGAUCCGCCUGGAUGCCCACAAGUUUGUCUGUAUCCACCAGCGGCCCAUGGCUGAGCGGGCACAGGGCAUUGGCAUCUGGUUCUCCAUCCUGGAGGCCAUCACUCACCUGGCCGUCAUCAGCAAUGCCUUCCUCAUCGCCUUCACCUCCGAUUUCCUGCCCUGUGUGUACUAUGAAUACAUCCAUGACAGCAGUCUGUGUGGCUAUGCAAACUUCACCUUGGCAUACACACCGUGAGACUUUGUCCUGCAGAGCAACACCACAUGCAGAUACAGAGCGUUUAGGGAUCAGGAAGGCAACUUGAUCUUGACUUACUGGCAGCUGCUGGCCAUACGCUUGGCCUUCAUCAUCAUGUUUGAGGUACCAGCUGCUGAGCCCUGCAGGGUGCCCCAGGGCACUCUGGUACCUGACACUCCUGAGUCCAUGGAGGUCAAGAUGAAGCGUGAAUGGUACCUGGCCCAGGAGGCCCUGGCUGAGAACAACGUGGGCUGUGGCAGCUCCUCGGCCUCCUCCUUUAAAGCCUUUUUUGCUUUAAAGUUGUGCAGGGGCUCAGGCAAGCAAGAAGGCAGCCCUCUAAGGAGCUGUGGCAGCUCUUACUAG